AUGCAAAAUGAGAGUAAGUUGCAAGUUACUUUCUCUAAGCGUCAUGCUGGACUCUUCAAAAAGGCCAGUGAACUUUGUACCCUAUGUGCUGCUGAAAUUGCCAUUGUGGUUCCUCAGGAGGAACCUCCUCCACCAAAUAAUGAAGGUCGCCAUAACCAUCUCCUCGUAAAUCAUCGAAAUGCUGGUCUUCGUGAGCUCAAUAAGAAGGUCAUGGACAUGGAGGAGAUGUUCCGGAUGGAGAAAGCUCGCGGUGAAUCCAUACUAGAUAUUAGGAGGAGAGCUAAUGGUGGUUUGUGGGAAGCUCCCAUCAAUGCACUUAACCUCUCCCAACUUCAACAAUUGAUGGAGGCAAUGAAAUUUCUAAAGCAAGACGUUGAAAAAGAGGCACAACAAUUGCAAAUGGUGACUAAUGUUGGACUCCCAUUUCUCACAUUUGGAAGUGCCUUGUCUCCUACUUAUGGUGCUAGGGCAUGUUCUACACAUGGACUCAAUGUUGGUGCAACCUUUGCUAAUAGGGUUUAG